AUGACAAUGGAUUUCCGAGAAAUGAUCGCAGCUGAUAUAAAUAUUUUGCAAUCAAGGUUUACCACCCUCUUCAAAACCUCUAGAAAUCGAGUGCAUUUAGCAUUUUUGAAACAGUUUAGCAAUGCCGUUAAUUCAUUCCAACAUGAAUACCAGUCAGUAUUAAAAGAAUUCGAAUUGAGAACAAUAAACUUCUUGGUGGUCAGAAAUGUGCACAAAUGUUCAUGUAAUACGAAAAUUGGUUUAUGGAUUGAAGAAAUAAAUGAUUUUAUCUAUAAAUUUGAAGACUUAAAAAGGUCUCUGGCUAUUCUACAAAGUAUUCUUGAAUCGUCAUGCAGGCUUGUAUAUCAUCUGUACCAUGAUAAUCAUUUUUCAUUUGAAUACGCUCAAGAUGAAAAACUGACGUAUCUAUUAGACAGAUUGAAAAGCCUGACAGGAUGGUUAAAUCUGGAAGCUACGGGGAAUGAUAAUUCUAAGCCGACUGGAGUCAAUUCACACGAUGUUAAAUAUCGUUUUAAGUAUUCGACUUUGAUAGAAGCCUUAGAUUUACAUCGUGAUUGUUACCAGUCCUCCUACUGUCCAAUACCAAUUAAUGAAAAGUGUCUGUCGAUACAGAAUUUACAAUGUGUUCAUUACACUGAUAGGAUAAAUCAAGAUAUACAAAGAACAUGGAAUUUACUAUGUGACUGCUAUUGGUUAGUAUUAACAUCCAAAUUAUCCGAAAUGAAUGCUUAUUUAUCAAAUAUCAACAGUGAAUGGACUGAAAAGAAUGUUACAUCAGAUAUUCAAUCUCCGCAUUGUUAUGCUUUAACAAGGCGAUGCAAUCGAAUAAUUUACAAUCUAUUACAACAGUUAUUAUCCUAUCCAACUGCAUUGAGCGUUUUCAAUUCAAACAAGGACUGUCUCAGUGAAAUGUACAAUAAUCUAAGCAUUAUGAUAAAAUAUGCAAAUGACAAGAGUAUUAUCGCGUAUAAAUUUCAUGCGACAUAA